GGCAAUGGACUUAAUACGUAUGUUCGAAUACCAUAUGUAUAUAUUUGCCAUUGUUUUGAGUUGGUAUUUUCCUAAUGAUGGUAGAGAAGAUCGGCAAGCCAACAAAACGGCGAGUACUCGAUCGUAUCCUCGACACAAUUGGACAUUUUCCAGCAGCGAUGUGCAGUGAAGCUUCGAUUCGAACGCAAUUGGAAGGCGGUCGGAGUGUUCACUUCAUUGUCCGAUUGUCUGCCGGUGCGUUUGUUUGAUCGGUGCACGGGAAGAUCGCGUUUGUGCAAACAACUUAAAUGAUAUUGUAUAUGUAGCGGCACUACCGUGUUCAAAAGUUAGCAAAAACUGGAGAGUUUACAAAGUCACUCGAUAUCUUUCAUUGUGCUUCUUAGUUGGCAAUUAUUAUUAGUUAUUUUGAUUUUUUUCGCGUUGUGUGUGCUCUUUACACUUCGGUAGUGAAAUUACCCUGCGUCAGAUUGUAGAAAACCAUAAGCGUGGGAUCAGCAAUCCACGACGGCAUUUCUCAAAAGCUACGGCAAAGAGUGUUUGAAUAAGUGAUCCGAAUUUCUGUAGAUGCAUUUGACGAAUUACGACGCUGGUGCUUCGAGAGAACUGCGCUAAAGUUAACCCUUAAAAUCAUAUCAAUCAAAUAAAUAAUUUUGAAUAUAGACACGACUGGUUUUAAUGCGUUUAAGAUUCCUGAUUAAUGCAAAAGUAAAAAAUAAAAAAGACUUACGAUGAAUGUGGGCUAGGAGUGGUUGUUAUAGGAUCGGAGUUACUUAUGUCAAAUAAUCGUGGAGUUAAGUUUCGGUAUGCCAUUGUUGCUAGCAAAUUAUCAAUCGGGUAUAGUUGUUGCUCAAGUGGCAUACGGCAUGUUACUGGAUUACAAUAACAUUUACGUGAUGAAUAGAAUAAAUGCUGAUGACAAGCACAACCGCAACUAUCUCCUCCAAUUACCGACACACGACUUGCUGGACGAUGAGAAAAUGUCAUUAGCGGCUGUUGGGUCGAGAACACGGUCGGCCACGGAGACAUUUUCAUAUCAGCAAAACGUUGAACUAUACUGUCAAAAAGAGUCACAACAACAAAUAAUCGCUCAAUGCAAUUCCAUGCCACCAAGUGGCAGUGGCCCGACACCUCUUCAGUAUUUAAACAAUAUUUUCGGGUUAACAGCUCCUUCACAAACAGCGUUCACUUCGCCAAAUCUCACCUCAGCGGAUAUUUUUAAUUUGAGAAGUUUUCAGUAUUCAAAUGUGACAAGGCAUUCCGAACCCAACUAUUGCGACAAUCAAUCUCACGAAAUAUGUGGCAGUAAUGUGCCUCAGAAGCAACCUCGCUUUUCGCUACUGUCAGCAGGUAUUGCAGCUGAUCUGUCGAGCCAAUUCAAUCAAGCGCCAAUAGGAAUUACCACUACUGCGUCUGCGUUGAAACGUGAAGGUAAUACGAAUGAUUCAUCAAUGAAUAAGAGUCCGCAGCGAGUAUCUUUAUUGGCAGCGACGCUGAAUGAAAUAACAUACGCUAUACCGAAAGGGCCUGGAGCGACAGCAAACGCGAUCACAACAGCCUCUGUUGCAGCGGAAGUCAAAGCCAGAGACGGAGUCGGCGGAUCAGCGGUAGCUGAAAGUUCAGAAGUAGUAGCAGUUGAGGCGGCAACGACGAAACAGCCGUCAGCGAUUUCCAGUCAAAAUAACCCAUCCAUGCGCGGCAUGCAACACAUUAACGAUAUCAGCCGAUUAGCUCGAUCGCCUUCGCCACUGCAAUAUUCUGCGUCCGAUUGUGGCGACAAUAAUUCGGUAGCGGGGAAUUCCAGUGAUCGCUGCCUAUCACCGCAGAGUCCGCCAAUAUUUGCUACGCCACAGGACGAGCACCAACAACAUCAGCUGCCAACUCUAAAGUCCCACUUGUUGGAUGUGUUGAACCGAGGCGACAAUGCGUUAGAGUGCAAAUUAGGUGUUGCAAAAGAUGUUGAGCCUAUGCGUGACACAGAGUCCGGCGCGCUUAACUUAACCAGUGAGAGCUCGCGACAAAGUUUGCAAUCACCGUCACCGUCUUUGCAAUCGCUGCGUGCGGGCCGUUCCUCACCUACAACGUCCGCUUGCGAAAGAGCGGCACCCUGUUUUACCAACAACACAUAUCCAAUGCCAAAUAUUUCCACGCAACAGGCCCAACUCGCUGUUGCGGCAAGCGCAGGUCUGGGCCUUGGCAGUCCAUUGUUUUCCCACGCCCUCAACACUACGAUCUCACCGCAAGACUUUACACAGUUCCAGCAGGCACUACAACAGCAGCAAACCGCUUUGCACCAACAAUUCCAGAGCUAUAUAGAUAUUUUGCGCAGCGGUUCGUUGGGCAUAUCGCCAGAUGAUCCGAGCAUGGCCACUCAAGUUGCUGCCGCUCAGUUCCUAUUUCACAGUCGUGUACAGGCGCUUACUCAAGCAACCCAGCAACUGCAGUCUCUCCAGAAGCAACAAGAAUUUCAGAAACAAUCCCAUCUCCAGCACCAACAACAACAACGAGAAGAAACUUCAAAAUCUUGUAGCUUGCACACCUCAACGCCAGCCCAUACGCCCGUACAAAGCCCCGCGUCAUCUCCACUGCCGUUACAAACGCAUUUUAAUAUGAACUCGCAUAGUCAAAUCACGCCGCCCAACCCGGGCACUAGUCUGAAGGUGAGUGGGAUUCUUACGCCGAAUGCAAUCAGCGGCGCCCCACAAACACCUCAAAUGCUAAAACAUGCCGGAGCUGCUCAACGCUUGGCUGGGGAACCAUCGCCAGAGGAAACCACAGAUCUCGAAGAGCUUGAACAGUUCGCUAAAACUUUUAAGCAACGUCGCAUCAAGUUGGGCUUCACGCAAGGCGAUGUCGGAUUAGCCAUGGGCAAACUCUACGGCAAUGACUUUUCACAGACGACGAUUUCGCGUUUUGAAGCCUUGAAUCUGAGUUUUAAGAAUAUGUGCAAGCUGAAACCAUUGUUGCAGAAGUGGCUGGAAGACGCCGAUCGAACGAUACAAGCGACUGGAGGCGUUUUCGACCCAGCUGCAUUGCAAACAGUGAGCACGCCCGAGGUUAUGGGGCGCCGCCGGAAAAAGCGCACUUCAAUCGAAACAUCGAUAAGGGGGGCUCUUGAAAAGGCCUUCAUGAUGAAUCAGAAACCCACAAGCGAGGAGAUCAGCCAAUUGGCCGACCGACUAUGCAUGGAAAAAGAGGUGGUGCGCGUUUGGUUCUGCAACCGACGACAGAAAGAGAAACGCAUCAAUCCGUCAAUGGAUAGCCCGACCGGAGACCAUGGCAGUGAGUCGCCCUACAUGAUGAUGCAGUGAAGCUUUUCCUUCCAUGCAUAAACCAGAAGUAAGACUAUCACUAAGCCUACAACUGUUUCGUAUUAAAUUAGGCCAACUAAAUAAUGAUCCGGAUAUACAUAUGUACACCAUCCCUAUAUACAUAUGUACAUACAUACCUCUGAAUGGAUGUGAGUAUGUUUAACACUCGUAUAUCUGUAAAACGAAGGGCAAAUAUGAAUUGUACAUACGUAUGUGCAUACAUAUCUACGCACUGGGCUUAAAGCCUUCCAUGAGAAAGGUUAACACACAUACACACGCAGAUAUGUAUACGAAUCCCUAAGGUGACUUGCAUCUUGAAUUGGCAAAGUCUUUAGUGUGUGUUUGUGUGCUGUAUUAAAAGCAUUCGUUUAACAAUAAACAAUAAUAAAAUAUUAUAUAAAUUUAAAUGUAUAUAGGCAAUAUGGAUAUUUUAUGAAGAAGCUGAAUAUGUUUUAUUACUAAAUGUUAACUAAAGUAUUUUUGUGUGCAACGUUUAUGAAAUAAGUUACUAUUCUACUAACUGGUGUUUAUUUGUAAAUGUCAAUGUUUCUGGUGAAUUUUUGUUAGAUAGGUAAAUAGUAUUAAGAAAUAACGGAAUAACCAGGGGUAUUUUGCAACAGUCUCAUCACAAACCACUGACACACAUGUAUGUGUAAAUCAUUUUUGAAAUACAAAAUACAACAAAAAGUGAACUUCGUAUGUAAAGAUACAUACUCGUAUGUAUACAUAAAUUACAUACAUACAUAGGUAAGAUCGAAAAAACUGUAUUUCGUCGAGACAUUUUGUGCAGCAUAAAUCGUACUUUAAAGGGAUAUCAACAUAUUUAGGAUAAGUUCAAGAAGUAUACCAUAUACAUUGUAUAUAUAUGUAUGUGUGGAUCGUCUAAUCUAUGUACAAUACGUAUGUAAGAACUUUAGUCUAGAAUAAGUUAGUAGCAUUUAGAUUAUAUUUAUUUGUUUUAAUACUGUGAUAAUAAGUAGAGGUUUAUUGAAAAUCUUCAUAAGGAAAAUUCCUGUAUAAAUUCCACGAAGAUAAUUUAUUGCAGUAAAAUAAAAGUAUGAAAAAAAAACAACAAAAGCUGCG